GCGACGCGGAGGAGAACCACUCCCAUGAUGCAUUGCACUGCCAACGUAUGCAAACAGGAACAUGGCUACCGGUGUAUAACAUCAGCAGAGCAGCUUUAUAAUACACCUCUGUGGGCCUUACACAGCCUGUGACAGUAUAAUAUUUGCUGUGCCUCCGCCACAGCAGAGAAAUCCUUCAUAGAGUUUACCGGCGGAGCCAGCAGAGCCUCUGAAAACAGCGUCUUCGUUGCCCAUCAAUCACAGACAGAAAAUUUAGUGUGGGCCAAGAUGGCGAGUCCAAGGACCAGAAGAGUUCUGAAGGAAGUGAGAACCCAAGAUGAGAAUAAUCUAUGUUUUGAGUGUGGGGCUUUUAACCCUCAGUGGGUUAGUGUGACCUACGGGAUCUGGAUUUGUCUUGAGUGCUCUGGCAAGCAUAGGGGCCUGGGAGUUCAUCUCAGUUUUGUGCGCUCUGUCACCAUGGAUAAGUGGAAAGAUAUCGAGCUUGAGAAGAUGAAGGCGGGUGGAAAUGGGAAAUUCCGCCUGUUUCUUGAACUCCAAGAUGAUUAUGAUCCCACCUGGACUUUACAGGAGAAAUACAACAGCAAGGCUGCUGCACUCUUUAGAGACAAGGUUGCAACUUUAGCAGAGGGUAAGGAGUGGUCCAUUGACACAUCCUCUGCCAGAAACUGGACAUCUCCUCAACCCAAGACCAGCCUUUCAUCGACUCAUCGCUCCAGCGGACCGGGACAAAACUCAGCGAAAUCUAGCGACAAAGCCUUUGAAGACUGGUUGAGUGAUGAUGUCAACUCAUAUCAGAGUGGAGGGGGUUACAGUGGGAAUCAAGAGAACCGUUAUGUUGGCUUUGGUAACACGGUGACCCCAGAGAAGAAAGAGGAUGACUUCAUAAACAAUGCCAUGUCUUCGAUUUAUUCAGGUUGGAGCAGUUUCACAGUUGGAGCUAGCAAGUUUGCCUCCAUCGCUAAAGAUAAUACAUCAAAACUGGCAAACCAAGCAACCUUAAAGUUAAAGGGCUAUAAAGCGCCCCCAGAACCGGCCACAGAGUUAGGACAGACAUUAAAUGAGAAUGUUAUCAAACCUACCCAUGAAAAGGUGAAAGAUGGCAAAUUGCUAGAUGAAGUGGCAGUCAGCAUGACUGGGCUGGCAAGCAAGGUUCAGGGAGCUGGUGCAAAAUUGACUAAUAUGUUCAUGGGAAAACCAGAAGAUGGGUCUGCUGGAGAGAGCUACCAGAACAUGGAUGCCACGGAGGGAUAUCAGGGCAGUUCUAGCCAGCCUGUCUCAAAGGACUUCUGGGAAACCUUUGGCAGCAACACCUCCUUAAAGGCCAAGAAAUCUCCCAGCAGUGACAGCUGGACCAUCGCAGAUAAUUCUGCAAAGAAGAGCUCUGACAGUUGGGACAAUUGGGGCUCCGAAGCAGCAUCCAACAACAAACACAGCACAGAGGAAAGCUGGGAGGCCUGGGACAACAACUGGGAGAACGCGGAUGGUAAGACGAAGAAGAGUCCCACGAAACCUGCCGAGGAAGCCUGGGAUAAUGCAGACUGGUAGUGACCUCACAACCAUACUCCUCUCCUUUUCCCCACACUCUGGCCUUUUCCCCUUUGUUUCUCCCUCUGUUAUCUCACUGGCACUUUCAGGGAAAGAGCUGCGUCAGCGAAGUUCCUUUCAGUCCAUUCAAAAUAUAUUUAUUAUAAAAUCAAGUAACAAUAAAUGAAGCCCAGGGUUAAGUGGAUCUCAUUAUAAAAUUGAUAUUCUUAAAGUAUAUUGACUUGCGGUCAUUUAUUUUAUUGUAAAUUACCAUAAAAGGAAUUGAGAUAAAUCAGUGUAGAUAUGAUCAUUUUUUGCCCAACUAUAAUACUCUAAAUGGUGAAUGAGCCAAUGUUCAUACUGUGUCAGGGGUUUAAUGAUACUGGAUAUAAAUCCACCAAAUAAAAAAUGCUGCAUGAAAGAGAAAAUCUGACAUUGUAAAUAUAGAUCCUUGUAGAUUUGGUAUGAUUGACUAAACAGUAUGACAUUAUUUUCUGUGUGUCAGUCAAGUUGAUUUCUUGUGCUCCUGGACCUUUUGCACAUUUGUUUUUGUUAAAUUGAUGUGACAAACCUUUUUGACAGAGCUCAUUCCAUGCUGUCUGAAAGUGUAUAAGUAAGAAAACAAAUAACCACUGGAACAAAUUGGCUGCUCUUAAACAAAAUUGUUGUCGAUAUGUACAUUUUAAAUUAAAACAGUCAAACGUAGACUGACUUGGGCUCAGUGACCUUCAUGAUAUUAUUUGUUUGUGUGAGUCUUUGUUGUUAUAAAUGUGCAAAUUGUCCAGGUGUUUGAAAGGCAGAUAGCUGCUGAAAAAAACAUUGUCACAUUAUCAAGACCAGAAAAUUUAUGCUUCAAAGAUGUAUUCACUAUAUCACCUACACUGAUCAAAUGAAGUUUAUCAAUAAGAGAUCCUCUGUUGGUUAGAUCGGUUUAUGAUAAAUACGUGUAUUGUAUCAGUGUCAUUGGUGUCAUGGAGACGAGCUGACCUAAACCGUAGCUUUUUCUUAUAAUUGAUAUAUUGAAUUAAAAUCAAUGAACUGUUUAAAUUAAAUCAGUGAUUCACAUUCAAAUACUCAUGGCAAAGAUUUUCACUUGCAGUCGAACUAAAUUGAUAAUUUUUUGUUUAAAAUAUGACACAAUUUGCUAACAUGUUUUACUUCAGAAUCAUUUAUUUAUAAUAAACUGUCACAAAACCUGAGAAUAAUUAUUAAUCAGCUUUGGAGGUAAGAAUUUAUUGUAAUAUUAUGCAGUGUUUUUUCCCUCUGACCUCAGUGAUUUAAUUUCAUUUGAAUUUAGUGCGGGCCAACUUUUAAAUGACAGUUCCCACAGUGAGGACAGGCUGACUUGACUCGUUGUGAAGUCAUUAAACCCAAGCUUUUGGGCAAAAUUGCAAUGUCAAUGUCAAUGAGUGAAGGCAAUUAUUUCAUCCACAAUUUCAAAAUAUUAUUUUCAAAACUUGUGUCUGAAUAUUAUAUAUACAGUUUGUUGUAGAUAUUGUCACACAGGAUCCAAACAUUGCAGGGUGAUAUACUGUAUGCGAGGUUGGCAAUGUGCCACAAGAACUGGACGCAGAUGGGGACCGUAGACUCGUUAACUGCAUGGUGUUGCGUGUGAGCCUGUAACUUUUGACCUCAACUGAAUCGUAAAUUUCAUCUCGUAUGACGCAACUCUGGGUGAGCUGCUCUCCACAUCUGUGUUAUCGCACCCCAGUCUUUAUGUAUCAUCAUGAAUUGGUUUCACAGAUAUCUUCACACUCAUAUUAACAUCUGAAUCAUCAAGCAGGCUCAUUAUACGCUGCUUGGAUCAUCAUAGCUCUCGAACACUUGUUUUGUAUUUAUUUACUCAACCUGCUGCAUCCCCUCAGUCAGAUGAAAUGGCAGCUGGACUCACAUUGUUCAUCGUAGAUGCAAAUGUAUCAUAAGAAGCUAAUUGUUUGAACAAAUAGGAAUGUAUUCAGUGUGAAAUUGGGUAUUGUAGAAGACUAAUAGUCUGGUAAUCUGAAAUUCAAAUGAGCUGUUGAGGUUUAGACCUCAGCAAAUUGUGCAGCUCCUAACUUCCCUAUGUGGCCUUUAAUUCCCUGUAACAUAAGGUGUUCUAACUUUAUCAUACUGUAAAUGACUCGAAGGUUUCAUUUGUUUGUACAUGUUAUAGCCUACAGAUGCCCAGUCUUCAUAAAUGAUGCAAACCACUCAAGUGAAGUUGCGCUCAUACCAAUUCCAGUGCCAUGGUUUGAUUUGUCUUAACUUGUGUAAAACUUUACAACUUGAAGGUAAAGUUAUUAUCUAAUAUCAGAAGACAUCUCACAGCUCCAGGUUAAUUUGUUGCACUGGUGCGCCUAUCUUUUUCAUGCAGGUGCUCCAAUAAUACAUAUUGAUUUGAAUUAUUUAAGGAAAUUAUUAUUAAAAAUGUGCAAAUAUGAUGUGAUCAUCUCAGUUGUUUAAUAGCUCAAAAUUUCAGGUGCGACAGUGCAACCAAUGAAAAUGCUUUGUCCCACUUCACAGAUUUUUGGGUGCAAGUGUGACCAACAUAAUCAGAACCUGGAGACCUGCAUCGUAAUAUGUUUGGUUUGCAUCUCAUUCUUUGAGGCUUGGUAGUCAGCUAUUAACUGCCACACAGAGCAGUAAACCAGUGCAAUAAAGCUGCUGGAUUGUUUUUUUCUGUUGUUAAGUGUUGCUGUACUUGUAUAGGCUGACUCAGUGGGCCUCAUGUUGGUAAAAAUAAUAAUUUGCUGUCACUGAUUUUAACGUGUGAAGGAUAAACUUUAAAACUUGCCCAUUUCCUACCUCUAAGAAACCUUUAGUUUACUGCCAAUUUCUCAGUUGUGAACAUGCAUUUUUAUCUUGACCUUUCAGCAUUGUUUUGAUGUAGAUGUUUCUUACAGCAGGCUCAGUUUGCUGUGGCUCAUUUUGUCUUUGCUGAAAGAAGUGUCUUAAAGUGAAGCAACAAAGAUGGGUCUGCGGUGUUGGUGUGUUCUCAGUGACAAUGUAAAAAGAACAACAAAAAAAGAUCACUCCUGGCUGAUUUGUGUUGCUGAACCUCUGCAGGUGUGCUCAUGUAUGGUAUGUGUUAUAAACCUGAAACAGCUGUGAAUGCUUUCAGUUGAUGUCAGUUUGCCUGUGUGUCUCUGAUGCAGUGAGGUGUACAUGUCAGUAAAUCAACAUCAUAGAUAAUGUCAAAUGAUAUAUUGUCACCCUCAGCUUUCCCUAUUUUUCUGAAACUUUAUGUCAGCUGUUUUGUUUUUCUAUGAAUGAGAAAAGUGAUGUGAUCUCUCACAUUUUGAAAAAGGGAAAUAUCUGAAGAGUCACUGAUCUAAAAUCUGUAAAAGAGCUUAUAGUUCUGAAAUACCACACAAUUAUCAUUAUUUUUUUAAAUUAGUGAGUUUUUAUUAAUGCAGCCCCACAGCGCGUGUGGCCUGAGGUGAUUGGUACACUUUAAUCAUGAAUAAACUGCAGAGUGUGUCAUUGACUUAAAAAUGCAUCCCGUAGAUCUUGAUAUAAGAUGAGUUGUUUUUUCUUUUUUUUCAUUUUUAUAUAGCUAAUGUAAUCUGAUUCUAAACUUUAACUUUCCAGAGCUACAGGUGAACUCUGUCUGUGCCUGUCGAAACAUUUGAGAUUGGGUAUGUCUGUGUUUGUUGAUGAAACUAUUGUGUCAGAAAUACUAUUUUUGAUGUCAUGCAUGAGAUGUAACAUGGAGCUAAAUACGUUGAGUUUAAGUGCAGUCAUCUGCUUGCCCCUUCACCAGCAGCCAUCUCAUGAGGUGAGCCAGUGUUACCUACUCAGUUGAGGCUGUGGAUAUUUUUCCUGUACACAUGGUUUCUGUGCUCAAUAAAAAUGUAUUGUGCCGUGA